AUGAUUGUUCAUGUGACCCGGCAGCUUACCUUCAUCAGAGGCAAUUCCACUGGUCGAACUUUCGUCCUGCGCGACGAACCAACGACACGCGACGAACCAACGACCCAACGACCCAACGACCCAACGCGCAGUUCGCCGUUCUCGUUAGCACAACGCCACAUCGCACAGGAACAACGACAUUUUCGCGCCCUUCAUCCCAGUCAACCACACCUUGGAAUGCGACAAGACAAUAUCACCCGCAUGAUGGAUUCUCCCACGGACGGAGAGAACGGAGAGGCUCAAUCGAACUUCGGCCGCUCGAGCAGCUCAUUCGGAAACUUGACCAACCCGGCGUCUUCAUCAAACGACAACUCCUCAUACCCGUUGCCCAUGCAUAUCGGGCCGGAAGAUAGUCACAUGUCGGGACAGGCCACAAGCGAAAGCCCCCAGCCGCUGGCAGACCCCCUCGCUCAGAAGGAGCCGGCGACCGUGAAUGGACACAACCGAUUCCAACGCGCGGUUCGUAAGCGCACGGUGGAGUUCGAGCAGCUCUCCCUCUGUCCCGAUUCUCGGAAAAGAGCGAAGACAGCGGCGUGGCUCACCAGUGAUGUGAAUGGCAAGCCGCUAUUCGGACCUAAGACUCUAGCCGACAUGAUCGAUGCCCACCUGGAAAAGCUCAAGCAACUGCUUCUUCCUGGCGCCGGAAAGACUGUUACUGAAGGAUCGGUCGAGGGGCACGGCAAUUCUACCCAGCAGAAGCAGUUGAAGAGGGAUUACGACAUGAUGGAGGAGUAA